UCUCCUCUGAUUGGUGCGUCACUCAUCCAUGACGGAAGUAAGCCACGAAAGCCAAAAUGGGGACUCGCGUGAAGGUCCUGAGCGUGUUUAAAUCGCUGCACAGGACAAGGAUGGCUGUAUUCAAAGAUGAUGAGAGAGCACUGACAGCUGCAAAACUAAAGAUCAACGAGGAGUUCAGAAAAAAUAAAAAUGAAUUGUCAGAAGAAAACAUUAAUAAGAUGAUCAAAAUGGGCUCAGAUGUGGAAGCAGUUCUACGGGAGUCUGUACUUCAAGUGGAGCAUGUCGGUGAUCAGAAACUUUUGCUUCGACCAAGAGAGAGUCUUCUACUAGAAAAUGUCCCCUAUUGUGACCAGCCCAGGAAAAAGUCAUAACAGAGUGACUUGUUAACACAACAAGGACAGAGAUUUAUAUCUAUAUUGAAACACGAAAACAUGCUCACUACCAUCCAAGUAACAUUUUAUUUUGAUCUUCUAACCAAAAUCAGGACCUUAUGGAUACGAUUGUUUUUGCUGGAGCCAACUGAUGUUACUUUCUGUGAAAUAUGUGCUGUCACAUUUAAAUCAUGGUUUCAUGUGUACUGUUUAAUGAAAUUCUUUUAAAUUGUAUUAAUGUAAUGUGGAUGUUGUUGUUUUUUCUUACAACCGAGCAGCGGACAAAGAGGAGUUUUAGAUUUAAAUGUUCAAAACUGCCAAGAUUAAUUUAAAAAGGCAGGUAUUUAAAUUGAGAAGCAUGGAGGCCAAAACAAGACGAUAAAGUGCUGUUUGAGCCCUUUUAUAGUGACUAAACAUAAGUAAAUUAUAAACCAUCAUCAUCAAAAGUGACGU